AAUUAAUGAAAAUGAUUCCAAAGAAAUUUGUAUGCGGUGAUUAAUCUAGCAGCGAAAAAAAUAUAUGAAAAAAAGAAAAAAACUUGACAAUGUAUAGUGAAAAAAGAUGAAAAAAAAGUUGUGUGUGUCGGAAAAACAAAUCGAUUGAAAAUCAGCCUUGACUAAAGCGAACCAAAUUAAAAAAAAAAACUAAAAUAAUAAAAUAAAAACGUUAUUAGCUUUGUGUGUGCAGCAGCGCUUCUCUGGAGCAGCAGCUGUUUCUUUACAAUAAAAAAAGUGUUGGUUAAACAAAAGAAUAAAAUUAAAAAAAAAUGAAUAAAUAAUUGUGUGGUACCAACAUGUUACAUUAUUAGCAAAAAAAAAUAUUUAAGAAAAAAUGUAUAACCAAGCUGAAACAACUAAUAGGGCAGAAAGCCGGGAAGGCAGCGUAGAAAGAAAAGCAGCAGCCAAAGAGCGUGACGAUAAAUUGAAAGUUGCUAGGGAACGUCAAAAUGAAGAAAGACAAAGAAAAAUCGAGGAGCUAAAGGCUCAAGCUGAAGCUGCACAAAGAUAUCGCGAACAAAAAGAAGAGGAACGUCGACGUCGUAUCGAUGAGAUCAGACAAAGAGACACGGAUAAACGUUCACAGGUUGAAGAACGUAAAAAGGCCAUAAUGGAAGCUGAAAAAGAAAGACGUGAAUAUAUAUUGAGAAAGAAUCAAGAAAGAGAAUCAAGGAUAGAAGUUAAGAAACGUGAAAGAAAUUCCAUUGGUUAUGCUUUCGGUUCCUCAACACCACGCUUAUUGGAGCCCUCCGAUUUUGGCAUGGUAUCACCAAGUACAUUUUGGGGUCAAAGACGUUCCACUUCAAUAUCAAAUGUUGCCGGUGCUUCACUUUCACGUCGAAGUUCAGAACGUGAACUUAACGACAGUGGUUCUAAAAAGCGUGCAACAUCAGCCAGUGGCACAGAGAGACAUGAUGAUCAUCGUCGCAAAUCAUCUUCAAUGUAUGAAGUAUUCAAUUGGGGCUACUCAAACGAUGAGCCCCCUAAAAGAUUUUCACUUUCUAUUGUUGGUAGUGAAAUAAAUAUAGAUGGACCACCACCACCUCCAACAGCAACAGCUUCUACAAAACUCAACAACACCAAGAACACAUUCAACAACACAGAGAAUAAUUAUAUAAAUAAUAAUCAUCAUAAUUAUCAUCAUAAACAAUAUUCAAAUCAUAAUUUCUAUAAUACUAAGGAAGAUAAUGUUGAUACAUCACAUAUCGUGUUUCGAAGUGUGGCCAGAAGAAAAACUGAUCUUAUGCCAACAAUACCAAGUCCCAGAGAUGGUCACUACGGUUCCCGAUCAUCACUUAGUAAUACACCUUCUCGUACACCAGGACGUGCUUAUUCCAUGAAUCGUUUGGAUCAAUUGGCUCAACCGAUUCGCCGUAAUGGCGAACAUAUAAGAGCCAUAAUGGAACGUCAGAGACGUGAACAAAUGGAAAUGAUGGAUGAAACGGAGUCACUAGGCGGUGGUCGACGUUCGGCCAAAAAAUCAACGGGUAAUGCGGGCGGCUCAAACAACAGCAAGAUGUCACGCAGUAUGAUACAUUUAGCCGGUGAUGGGGCUCCUCGUCCCAAAUAUAAUAUAGGUGGGGGCAUUUCCACCAGCUUUUUACCAUUGGGUAGCGGCAGUCGAAAUGCCUGUAAGAGUAUGACACACUUGGGCAAUUAUAAUACUUAUAAUUAUAAUAAUGCCUGGUCAAAUACGACACCACGCUCGAAUCUAGGCUUACAAACUGCCGCCACCAAAAAAUAUCUACAAUCAUCACUAGCUUCAUCUGCAUCCAACACGUUUAAACGAGGCCAGAUCUCUAAUACUAACCUCUACCGUUUCGAUACAGACUCAUUGUUACUCAUGAACUCUCCUAGUUUACUUUUAAACCCAGGUUCGCGUUCUGGUACCGUUACACCAGGUGGCCAUUUGAAUAACUCAAGGCCUGGUAGUGCCAUGUCCACAUCCACUACAAUGUCAACAUCAGGUUUUAUCAAUAGAAGAUCAGUGCCGGCUGCACGCAAACCACGUCCGGCUAGUAUUGCCGGUACUGGUGUUUCCUUAGAAGAAAUAAAUAAACUUAAAAAGGAAAAUAAACCGCCCGUAAAGACAGCAUCUUCGCUGUCACCGUCUACAUCAGCACAAACUACUCCAAAACGUUCAACGAACAUGAUGUCUACAUCACUUAUAGUCACAUCAUCGUCCUCGCGAUUAUUUAGCGCCGAAAAGAAAACUCCCAUUAAAAGGGAACCUCUCACUCCAAAGGCCACAACUCCCAAGCCUCUAUCAAAAACUGCUAGUUCAGAUCGUCUCAAUAAGUUGAGCAAAGAAAAAUCCAAGGAUAUAAUGACUAAAUCAGCCAUUACUCCUCCCGUUGCUAAUAGAACUACUACAGCCAAAGAACCUACCAAGAGCAAAGAAGAAAAGGAAGCUAUCAAUCAAGUUAAAACCGAAGUAGUUACCAAACCACCAGCACAACAGAAUGGUCAAAAAGAACUAGAGGAAACAAUGACAGCCCAACAGCAGGCUGCUGUCGUCAACUCACAACAUGAAGAAAAAACUGAUGAAGGCACUGAAAAGGUCGUUACCGAACCAGAACCAGCUGUUGGUCCACCAAAACCCAAAUCUCGCAGUGGCAGCAAGGAAGGUUCUAUUGUACGUGAGUUAGCUCCAGCCACAGCAGACAACAAUGAUGCCAUGACCGCAUCAAUGAUUGCCAAGAGUAAGAUAACCACAGAGGAAGAAGCCAAGGCGGCUUUAGCUGAAAGACGUCGUUUGGCUCGUGAGGAGGCUGAAAGGCAGGCAGAGUUGGAAAGACAGCGCAUAGAAGCUGAACGUUUAGCUGAACUCAAGCGCCAGGAAGAAGAGGCUGAACGUCAGCGCCAAUUUGAAGAGGAAGCUAUGCGUAUGGCCGAGGAGCAACGCAAGGCCGAAGAGGAACGUUUGCGUCAAGCCAUUGAGGAAGCAAAACAACGUGAAGAAGAGGAGAAACGCAAACGUGAGGAAGAAGAGAAACAACGUUUGGAACGUGAAGAGGCUGAGAAGAAGGCUAAAGAAGAUGCUGAAAAGCAAAGAAUCGAAGUUGCCGAACGUCUUAAGCGCGAAGAGAAAGAACGUGAAGAAAGACGAAAACGUGUAGAAGCUAUUAUGUCACGUACCCGCAGAGGUGGUGCCAAUACCACACCAAAUUCCACUCCUACAAAGGAAAACAAUAACUCUCCUAAACCUGCUGAAGCAACUCCUGUUACACCUGCAGUAGCACCCGCAGCAACAGCAGCAGCAGUAACUAAUACCGCUGAAACACCAGCUCAAGGAGGUGUUGCUGAAACAAAUUCUAAUAACGACAUUAAUGCUACCAACACCGCCGUCAACGUCACCAACAAUACUACGAACGAUACAACAACCACAACAACAAAUUCUACAAAUGAAAUGGUAGUAGUUAACAGUAACAACACUGAAAGUGUAAACACAACAUCAUCAUCUGGCUCAUCCAGUAGCACAGCUACUACACCACCAACACCAGCAUCACAACAACAGCAAUCUGCUCCUGUUGAACAACCACAACAGCAACAAGCACAACCUAAUAAUACAACAAAUAUUAUUCCUGAACCUCAAAACACUCAAGCAAUGUAUGAGCAGUCAGUUAUUGAUAAAGAAAAUUCACUCAUCAAUAGUUUUUCCAAUAUGAUUAUCGAUGAGAAUGUAAAAAAUUUCCAACAAAAUUUACAGCAACAACAACAAUUACAAGCACAAAUUGUUGUUGAAGAAACAAAUGGCAAAAAAUUUGCUGAAUUACAACAGAAUAAUGACAGUAAUAUCACAACAACAACCACUACGACACCAACAUCGGUAGCUAAUGGCAAUGGUCAUCAUAUUGAAAGUAUUAAUAAUAAAAAUGAUAUCGAUCUUUUACAAACUGUGGUACCAUCAACAAAUCAAUUAAUUGAUUUAAGUCUUGACUCUCAAGACAAUAAUGUUAAUUUCAAUAACAAUAAUAGUUUAUUAACAACAACUAAUACACUAGUCACUGCUGAUAGUCAUGAAAAUAAAGAUAUUUCAUUGCUGUGAGUUUAAGAAAUGGGGGAAAAAAUAUUACAAAUAUUAAACAGAGAUUACUGAUGUAGGUUUAUGUUCUAUUGAGAAGACAAUUUAUAAACACAAUACGAAGAUAAAGAGGAAUGAUAAUGAUGAUGAAAGAUAUUGGAUGAGGGAAGAAAUGAAUGAACGAAUGUCAUAACUACUGCUACUACCAAUAACAAAUGCUGUGUAGAAAGAUAACAAGAGUUUGCUAAAAGGAGUGUUAAAAACAAACUUUCCUGCUCUACUACAGAAAAACAAAUUAAAAAAAAUUAAACAAAAACAAAACUAUUUACUUUCUAAUAAUUAAAAAAACAAUACGCGACAAAUUAUGGUUACUAAGACAAACAAAAAAAAUAUAUAAUAUAUUUAAAAACAAAAGUUAAAACUUUUGCCACAAGAAAAUCAUAUAAAAA